AAUCCCACUCGCACUGCUGUUCAUAAUCACCGAGCUUCCCUUGUCGCUUUUUCCUUCUUCCAUGGCGGGAAUGAUAUACCAGCUCUUAGCCUCCUCCGCGCUUCUCUCUCUUGGUGUAUACCACCUCAUCUGCACUUCACGUAACUUCCUUAAAUCCCCACAAAGCUACUCCGCCAAGCCCUUUUACCCUUUCCCUUUCUCCCCCAACCUCCGCCUCAAACACCUCCCUCUGUAUCUCUUUAUGCUUUUCCUUUUCAUCGCUUUCCUCCACCAAUCAUUUACCUCCUCCGACCCCGACCCUCUCGUCAAAGGCCGCUCCCCCGUUUACCGCUUCCUCACGCUCAACUCCGCCGCCGUUUUGUUCCUAUUCUUUUUUGUUUCCCUUUCUUUUCUCAUCUCCGAAACCACCUCGCUUCUUCCGUUCCCUCCUGAUCUCUUCUUCGCCUUUGGCUCCGCUCUGUUCUUUCUCCAUUACUCCGUUUCCGAAUCCGUUGCGUCUGUUCAGACGUCUGAUCUCCAGGCGAAAUGCGAUUCCGUUUCCGCCCGCGUCUCGGCUUUGGCUUCCUUGAUGUUUUUGAUCCUAGCCUGUCAGCCGAAGCUUUUUAUGGCGGAGGUGGGUCUGGGGGCGACGAUUUGCUUGCAGGGGCUUUGGGUGUUGCAGACCGGGCUUUCGCUUUACGUUGAUGCGUUUAUACCCGAAGGGUGCCACAAGUUGCUUGAUGUUGUGACUGGGGUCGAGGGAUCAACUAAGUGCGACCUCGAUGAGUCGCGGCUCAGGGCUGUGGCUAUUCUUGAUCUGGUGUUCGUGUUUCAUGUUAUUUUUGUUGUUAUCAUUGUGAUGGUCACUUAUGCUCUUGUUGCUAAGACUGUCGGGAUGAAGAGACUGGGAUCGUACGAGGCAUUGCCUGCCAAUUCUGCUGAUAAUAAUCAUAUUCAAAUGAAGGCUUUGACUGGCACCCAAGCUUGAUCCAUUUUCUAUAUUUCUUUUAAUGAUUUGUCAGUUUGAUUUUUGUUGUUGUGGCAUUCAUUUCAAG